AAGAAUUCAUGUCUCCUCAUUCAUUUUUCGCUGGGGCCUACAUGCCGUUGAAUAGUACCUCUUGGAAUACUGGGCCUUAUGAAUACGUUAAAACCUUCUUAAACCCGUGCAGUUCGCGUCUGUGUUCAACAUUCAACCUCAGUUUGUCUGUUGUCUUUUUUCUCCCGCUCGCGAUUUCUUCAUAUUUUGUGCCGCCUUUCAUCGUUUCCGUAUUUCAGUUAUUAUUCUUACACACAGACUUCCUGUGCAACAUGGUUAGCGUGCCUGCAACGUACGGCGCGAUCCUUGUGGGUGGUUUUGUGGCCGCUGCACUUUCAGGGAUCGUUACAGUACAAUCAUUCAUUUACUUCAAGUUGUACCCCACAGAUCUAGCCUGGAGGAAGGUCAUCGUGAGUGACAUAUUAUUAAUAAUUUGGGUCUUGGACAGUAUUCAUACCGCACUGGUUUGUGCAUCGAUAUGGAUUUAUCUAAUAAACAACUUUGGCGAUACAUCGAAAAUAAAUGAUAUACCUGAGUACAUGACAAUAGCAUUGACUGCGAUAUUGACGUUCAUUGUCCACUGCUUUUUCGCCCAUCGCAUACAUAAACUGAGCCGUUGUAAUUGGCGUAUCACCGCCCCUAUUGUAAGUCUUGUCCUGAUUCAUCUCAAGACGUUCUCAGAGUUCAGGCAGGAGUUCCGAUGGGUUUUCACAUUGGGUCUCGCAUUGUCAUCUCUCGUCGACGUUCUCAUUGCGAUAUUCCUUUGUUACUCGUUGCGAGCUACCCGCAAAGCUUCUUCAAGUAUGGACUAUGUCAUAAAUUCAGUAAUCUUGUAUACAUUGGAGAAUAAUUCUCUCACCAGUUGCUCACUAUUUCUAUCAGCGCCCGCAACUGUCAUCUCCAUGAUUUGCUGGCUUGUAAUGCCCACCAACCUCAUUUUCAUGGGGCUGCAUUUUGUCAUUAGUAAACUGUAUGCGAACUCCCUGUUGGCCACAUUGAACGCUCGGAAGCAACUCCGGCAAGAGCGAGCCCAGAGAGGCUUGUCGGGAGAACUCCCUUUGGCAUUCCCGGGCUUGGUAAAUCGCUUCCGUUCAGACCGUGACACUUCGCGGAUGGAUCCCAUUGGAACCAAGCUAGAAAUCAACGUCGAAAAAACCGUGGAGUAUGAGGUAGAUGCAGACAUCAUGACUCCUUCUCCGUCUCCUUCGUCGACUUCUCCGAAAGCUGCCUGCCAUUCAUCUGAAGCGAUUUUACAGAUGGCUUAGUUCACAACCUCCUAAACUCCUUUGACCUAUAUAUUGUCCAACUAUUGUCGUACCGUGAAUCUUCUUUGAUAUUUGUCCAUCUUUGGUUGCCAAUCAUUUCCACACCUGUCUUUAUCGAAAGCUGUACUACCUUCCUCGCUAUGUAGCAACAUACAUCGUCCCAUAUCUAAUAGUAUCUCUGCGUUGUCUGUUUCCG